ACUUCCAUUAUGAGCCAGGAUCUUGAUGCCUUUUACAUCCGCCUACUCCCUACUCCUUACCCUGAUACGACGGCAGGCCUUUGACCCUGCGGAUGUCCUGCGUUGCCUUCAGAACCGCAUCCAACACCAUAUUAGUCCUGCUUUGAUAUUUUGGCACAAGUCUUGAUCUUGCUUUCAACUUUCAACUACAAUGUCUAUACACACGAACCGUCGUUCCUCGCAGGCUUCACAGGUUCCUCCCCCUGGCUAUGGUCACCCCGGCUCAUCACGUCGUGAUCUCCCUAUGCCUCCUCCUCAGAUAGUACCCGUCUCAUAUUCAAUGCCGCAGCAACUAUCCCCCGACGGCCAUGCACCUUCAUUGUUCUCAUCCGCUGUGUCCGAACGAUCACCUUCGUCAGUCCACGCCACUGGUCCAAGUACCAUUAGCGUCAGGUCGCAACCCAGACCGUCAGCUUCGUGGACUAGGCCCGGACAGCAGAGCGCAACCCGUUAUUCCUUCCGUACCGUGGGCUUCAACUCAAUGGUUAUGGAGCCUAUACCAGCCUCAGAAGAUCAAAUACCCUCUUAUUUUAUUGAAGUUGCUCUUAAUUGUUUCAACCCUACUUCGUUCAUCACAACUAUCUGGUAUGGUAGCUCACGGGAGGAGGGAAGCUGGGUCGGUGAAUUUGAGUUGGGUAUCUCGGCCGUGGAAGGCAGGGUGAAUUUUCAUGGAGAGCACAGGAUGUCAGACGUAUUCAAGCGACUGUCGGGUUCCCGCUUCAGUGCACACACCAAUGUUCGAAAUUGGGAAUGGAACCGUGGGCCGCACGUUUUGCACUGGGAAGAAAUCACUCGUGACCAUCGAUUUGAUUGUUUUCGGGGUGGAGAUCGCGAUAAAAAGAAAUACCUUGCAAGGUUACUGCCUCGUGUGCCGGGAGCAUCCUCCACCACGACCCUCGAAGUUUCCGACACUGGUCAUGAGCUCCUCGAGGAUAUUCUGUUGUCUGCUUUGCUUGUCGAGCGGAAAAGACAAAGCCCUAUGGAUAGCAAUAAAAAUGAUAAGCUCUUCAACUAAGCUACAUCAGUAUGUCUCAAGCUCAACUUCAGAAUAUGUAUGUUUGACGCGGGGCGAUUCUAGGGUAUCUCUUUUGUCUCGUCGUUCUAGGAGUUAUGUGUAUCAUAGACAUCGUACCUUUGUAGCUUUAGUUCACAGUUAUACUACUACGUGUUCACAUUCUUCGUCUCGGCUUCACGCAACUCGUGUGAUUCACCAAGCGGUCGCUUUCUCACGCGGUGCCUUCGUCCAAUUUAGACUUCAACACGAACCUUCACCUUGAUCAGUGACCCUAGAUCCAGCGAGCAGAAAUAGACGGGUCUUCUAGCC